AAGAUAUUGACCACCAUGUGGCCUGACGAGCGUGGCAGCUCAAGAGCCUUGGAGAUACCAACAAGUCAACAGAAUGCCGGCGGCAGUAGUCAACAGGAGACUCUGGCAGAUAUUGAACACAUAUCGACGAUAGCUGGAUCGUUAGCAUCUAUAUCCCUAUCGCAUACUCAGAUGCGUUAUCAAUGUACAAAUGAUGCUGGCUAUGAUACGGAACAUACAUCAUUGAAUUCGGAUUUCGAUGAGGCUGAACUAAGGAGAGAACUACUACGAGAUAAAUGGAAACUCUUAUUUGACAUGUUUGAUCCUGAGGGUUUUGGCGAAAUAUCCGUCUCAGAAUUCCUGGUUGCCUUAAAAUCACCGGAAUUUCUAUCCCAAGUGCCUAUGAAUAAGCGUGACCUAUUAUUGGAACGGGCCAAGAAAGCUCAAUUGCCCACUGGUCCGGGCUAUGUGACAUUUCAGGACUUUGUCAAUGUGAUGAGUGGCAAGCGAACGCGCAGUUUCAAAUGUGCAGUGCAUCAUCGAGAUCGUGAGGUUUGCUCUGAAAACGAUUUUCAAUUGGUUUUGAGUGAGCCGCCGCUUUUUAGAAAGAUGGUGCAUGCCGUUGCCAUGGAGGUCCUGCCAGAGGAGCGGGAUCGUAAAUAUUAUGCCGAUCGUUAUACCUGCUGUCCACCGCCAUUUUUCAUUAUUAUGGUGACGAUGAUUGAGCUGGGAUUUUUUCUCUAUCAUUCGCUAAUUGCGGGAGAGGCAGCACCGACAGGACCCAUACCCACCGAUUCCAUGUUCAUUUAUCGUCCAGAUAGACGACAUGAGAUUUGGCGUUUCUUAUUUUAUAUGGUACUCCAUGCUGGUUGGUUUCAUCUCGGGUUCAAUGUGGCUGUGCAGCUGCUAUUCGGUUUGCCAUUGGAAAUGGUCCAUGGCUCGACGAGAAUAGCCUGCAUAUAUUUCUCUGGUGUCCUGGCUGGUUCCUUGGGUACCAGCAUAUUCGAUCCGGAUGCCUAUCUGGUGGGCGCCAGUGGCGGUGUUUAUGCCUUGUUAGCGGCACAUUUGGCCAAUGUGUUGCUUAACUAUCAUCAGAUGCGUUAUGGUGUCGCUCGUUUGGCAUUUAUUUUGAUAUUUGCCUCAUUUGACUUUGGUUUUGCCAUAUACGCUCGAUAUGCCGGCGAAUAUAUUAUGCCUUGCCAAGUGGGCAUCCCCUUUUCGGCUGUAUCCUAUGUGGCUCACUUAGCUGGUGCUGUGGCUGGCCUGACCAUCGGUCUGCUGGUCCUCAAGAAUUUCGAACAGAAGCUACACGAGCAAUUGCUCUGGUGGAUUGCAUUGGGCACCUACACGGCCUGUGUGGUCUUUGCCAUUGCCUUCAAUAUACUCAAUGGCUUUGCCUUGUUCAAUAUGCGUGUGGAGAAAAUUCGAGUAACUGAAACAUAUUUCAAUGACUUUCGAGUCUAAAAACAAAAAAAAAAAACGUUUUUUUUUGUUUUGUUCUU